CCAGUCGGCCACCGAAACCAUCACGAACAAGUCAAAAUCAAAUCACGACCUUUUUCCUCUAUUGAUUGGAACUCCCUCAAGCCAAGGUCACCGCAAAGGAGCCUUCUUUUUCUUCUUCUUUCUUCCUGUCUUCGAUUUCGAUUCCCGGAGUUGACUCAGCGGCAUCGGGAUGGCAUCGACAGCGACAGCGGCGACCGCCUCUCCGUCCCAGCUCUCCUGCUUCUCCGCGAUCGAUCGCAAGCUCCAGCUUCGCAAGCUCUCUGCUUUGUCCUUCCGAAGCCAUCGAUCCAAGUCAUCAGUCGUCAUGAGUCUUGAAGGACGUGGCCCAGAGACUACUUCCCCUGGCAACACAAGUUCUUUGAGUUACACAGAUGACGCUUCAAGAUCAGAAAUGAACGGGGCAACAAAGUCAUAUACAUCCAUGGAAGACCAUCAUGCUGAAAAUAGGGGACUAACUGAGCCCGAACAGGAACAGGGUGUUGCGACGCCAGUGAGGGCUGCUAAAAUUCAUGAUUUUUGCCUUGGAAUUCCCUUUGGCGGUCUAGUUUUCAGUGGUGGACUUCUUGGUUUCAUUUUCUCAAGAAAUCCAACUGCUCUGGGCAAUGGUGUACUAUUUGGAGGUGCUAUACUAGCCCUUAGCACACUUAGCUUGAAGAUCUGGAGAGAAGGAAAAUCCAGCUUGCCUUUCAUUUUAGGACAAAUAGUCCUCUCUGCUGUCAUCUUCUGGAAGAACUUUCAGACUUACUCUCUGACGAAGAAAGUAUUUCCAACCGGGCUUAACUUACUUAUCAGUGCUGCGAUGCUGUGCUUCUAUUCGUACGUAAUCUUGUCGGGAGGAAAUCCGCCACCAAAGAAGUUGAAAUCUUCUGCAUAUGUCUCGUAGUCACAUGGUUGCAAAUGUUUGAAUGAAUAGAGAGGUUGGAAUCUUUUUCUUCCUUUUUGACUAUAAUACAGAGUUGCAUGGUGAACUGAACAAAAGUCUUGGGUGGAUGGGUGAAGCCUGUAAUUUCAUGUUGAUCUGUGUCUGUUUACUUACAUAGCUCCUAGUUAUAUGCUUUUAGAGUUCAGAAGGACGGUUUGCUAGUAUGAAGUUAUUUUGAGGAGGAGGACGCCAUUUAGACUGACUCUUUCUGAGCCUUGUCAAAGAGUGAAGAUUUGGGGGUAUAGAAACCUCAUGCAGUGUUCUUUACGUAAGCAUCUUUGGUGCAGCGCGCCACCAUGGGUAAUAAGAGAGAAUUUUUCUUUACGGUAGUUAACUUCUCAGUCCUUCAUUUGCUUGUAUCUUGACGCUCUAUGUAUUAAACUAGAAUAAGAAAAUGAGGGUGAAGAUGUGAAGAUUUUCCCAGUUAUGGAACUGCUGGUCUCCUGCCCGGGUGGUUUUCACUGA